AUCUAUUAAGAAGGAAAAAUGAUUUAAUUGGUUUUAAGAAAAUAAAAAAUAAAAAAAUAAUUAUAAUAUUAAUAUUUUUUUUAAUUUUAGAAACUUACAUAGUUUCUUACUGAUGGAGGUGCUUUUAGAGAUUUACUGAUUUUGAGAUGUUUCUUUUAAGAUACUAUUUAUGAAAUUGAUUUGGAUUUGUAAUAAGUAUUCAAGUUUAUAUUUUGGUUCUUACAAACCGGAACAGACCGAAGCAUGACUAUUUUGGUUUUAAGAAGUUAUAUUUUGGUGCAUGAAUAAAACAAUUAUCAGGCUUUGUACUAAAAGCCCAUUAUAUUAAAAAACAAGGCCCAAUAAGAUAACUUCUCAGGCUCUGUUUCUAUCUUCUCUUCUUCUUCUUCCUCUGUAUCUCUUUCAUGGAGAAAUCAGCUCUUCUGGAGUUGACUAGCCGAUGCAUUUCUCUUCGCGUCUUCAAACAGAUACAGACUCAGCUAAUUUCUCGCCAUCUUCUUCGUGACGACUCAGUCGUCGAAAAAGUCGUGACCUUUUUCGGUAAAUCCGCAGACUUCGCAUCUUACAGCUGCGUAUUCCUCCACAGAAUCCUUCCUUCCUCAACCUCUUUCCCGUACAACACGCUCUUAUCAAGCUACGCAGUCUGCGAUAAACCCAGAGCGACGAUCCUUGUUUACCGAACGUUUCUGAGCAAUGGGUUUCCACCGGACACGUACACGUUUCCACCGCUUUUCAAAGCCUGCGGGAAGUUCUCAGGGAUCGGAGAAGGGAAACAGAUUCAUGGGUAUGUCACGAAGAUGGGUUUCUUGAGCGAUGUAUAUGUGCAGAACUCGCUUCUUCAUUGUUACGGCACGUGCGGAGAUUUAAAGAGUGCGUGUAAAGUGUUCGACGAAAUGCCUGUGAGAGAUGUGGUUUCGUGGACCGGCGUUAUAUCGGGUUUCUCGAGGAUUGGGUUGUAUAAAGAAGCUUUGAGGAUGUUUCUAAAGAUGGAUGUUGAGGCUAAUCUGGCUACGUAUGUUUGUGCGUUGGUUGCUAGUGGGAGAGUAGGGUGGUUAAGGUUAGGGCAAGGGAUCCAUGGAUUGAUAAUGAAGAAAGCUUAUUUGUUCAGGUUGGAGAUUGGUAACGCUCUUAUAGAUAUGUAUGUAAAAUGUGAGCAGCUGUGUGAUGCGAAGAGAGUCUUUGGUGAGCUGCAAGUGAAAGAUAAAGUUUCUUGGAACAGUAUGAUCAGUGGAUUGGUUCAGUGUAAAAAGCCUAACGAGGCGGUUGAGUUGUUUUUUUCUCUGAUGCAAACGUCUUCUGGGGUUAAGCCAGAUGGGCAUAUACUUACAAGUGUUCUCUCUGCGUGUGCUAGCUUAGGAGCUGUGGAGUACGGGAGAUGGGUUCAUGAGUAUGUUGUGAGCGCUGGGAUCAAAUGGGACACGCAUAUCGGAACAGCGGUUGUUGACAUGUAUGCGAAAUGUGGAUGCAUCGAAACAGGUUUGGAGGUUUUCAACGGAAUCAGAAGCAAGAAUGUGUAUACUUGGAACGCUCUGUUAGGUGGUUUAGCUAUCCAUGGACAUGGGCAUGAGUCUCUUAGAUACUUCGAAGAGAUGGUUAAGCUCGGUUUUAAGCCCAAUGAGGUGACUUUUCUCGCGGUUUUAAACGCUUGUUGCCACACCGGUUUGGUAGAUGAAGGGAGAAGAUAUUUCUAUAAGAUGACAACCGGAGAAUACAAUCUGUCUCCUAAGCUAGAGCAUUAUGGAUGCUUGAUCGAUAUGCUUUGUAGAGCUGGAUUGUUAGAGGAAGCGUUGGAGCUUGUUAAAUCGAUGCCGGUUAAACCGGAUGUGCUUAUAUGUGGAGCUAUUCUUAGUGCUUGUAAGAGUAGAGAGACAUUAACGGAGCUUCCUAAAGAGAUAUUGGAUAGUUUUUUAGAGAUGGAGUUUGAAGAUAGUGGCGUUUAUGUGUUACUGUCUAACAUUUUUGCUGCUAACAGAAGAUGGAAUGAUGUUGCUAAGAUUAGGAGAUUGAUGAAGGUAAAAGGAAUCUCAAAGGUUCCAGGAUCAAGUGCUAUAGACGUUAAUUAAUUUGGCAUAGAACAAUGAUGAUGGAUGUAUGGUUACGAGAGAAAGUCUUGCAUACUUAGCCAGAGUUCAUGAGUUUCUCGCUUGUCUCUGCCUAAAGCUUAACUUGUCCUCUUCUACUUCACGUUCUUCUUGGUUCUUCAUCUUAUUAUGUGCAUAUACAAUUUAAAAAAAUAAAUAUAUGUUGUCAUUUA